AACCACGAGCGGAGCAAAGAGCAUGAAAGAUGGAACAGCAGGAGGACGAGGAGAGGGAGGAGGAGGAGCAGGAGCAGGAGGAGGAGGGAGAGGAGGGAGAGGAGGAGGAGCAGGAGAAGGAGAAGGAGGGAGAGGAGGGAGAGGAGGGAGAGGAGGGAGAGGAGGGACAGGAGGGACAGGAGGAGGAGCAAUAGAAAGGCGAGCAGGAAGAGUGCGAGAAAUUGACGAAACAGGAGCGAAGGAGGAUGUCGAAGCCUUUGCGGCGGCCUGAACGUACUUACAUUCUGUAUGUGCUAUGUAAUAUGUAGUCAUUGGCGCUUAAUAUGCCUUCUGCUCCCAACCCGACAGCGGAUCCCCUCUCUCUCUCUCUCUCUCUCUCUCUCUCUCUCUCUCUCUCUCUCUCUCUCUCUCUCUCUCUCUCU